AUGUGUCAUGUUCGAAACUCAGAUGCAAGUUGGCGAGAAGCCAAGAAAGCUCUCAGAAAAGAUCAUCGAUGGGAGAUGGUGGAGUCAUUAGAUCGAGAGGAGAGAGAAAAGCUGUUUAAUGAACACAUUGAAGCCUUAAACAAAAAGAAGAAGGAAAAGUUCAGGGAACUGUUAGAAGAAACAGCAGAAAUCACUCUGACAUCUUCAUGGAAAGAGGUAAAGAAGUUGAUCAAAGAAGACCCACGCUAUACAAAGUUCUCUUCAAGUGAUAGAAAGUGUGAACGGGAAUUUAAGGAUUAUCUGAAAGACAAGUUGAAUACUGGUAGAACUGAUUUCCGGGAACUUUUAAAGGAGACGAAAAUUAUCACAUACAAGUCAAAGAAGAUGAUUGAAGAAUCAGAACAACAUUUAAUAGACAUAGAAACAGUUUUACAGAAAGACAAGCGUUAUCUUAUCCUAGAUAGUAUAGCAGAUGAACGCCGUAAACUUCUUAUGGCAUACAUUGAAGAUCUUGAUAGACGUGGUCCCCCACCUCCUCCUACUGCAUCUGAGCCCUCUCGUCGUUCUAACAAGUAGUUUGUAUUUUAUUCUGUUUUUAUUGUACUUCCAGUAUGACUUCAUUAUUUCAUUUUUGCAUUUUACAACUGAAAAGAACAUCUAAAGACAAACUAGAAUGAUUGGAACCUGUCUUCUUACUGUAUUUUUUACAUCUAAAGACAAAGUAGAAUGAUUGGAACCCAUCUUCUUACUGUACUUUUUACAUCUAAAGACAAACUAGAAUGAUUGGAACCCGUCUUCUUACUGUACUUUUUACAAGUUUUAUGCAGUUUUAUUGUCUUCUUUUGUAAGAAAACACCUGCAUAUUUUUGCAAGUAUACUGUUGAUAAUGAGAUUGGAUAUAUGUAAUAAACUAUUAUUCCUGCAGUUUUGCCAUGAAUAAAACUUACUGACAAGGUUUAUUUGGUUAUUUCUAUUAUUUUAACACUCAUUUUGUUCGUCUCAGUUUUACUUUUCACAAUGUAAGAAGCUGCACAUUGUGAAUUCCAAUUUUUGGUACUAAAAGUUAAUACAAGUAUUUUUAGAAUGAUAAAAACUUUUAAAUAUAAUUUAGCUCAUUAUAAAUUGUCUGUGCUAAGAAAACAAACUGGUUUCUGAUUAGAUCACAACUUGCACUUUAUGGUCAAUGUGUGAAGUUUUGUUGGCCACAAUAAUUUUUAUAGCUAUGCCAUCUUAGAAACUGUAAUAUAAAAAAGCUUAAGUUAAUUAAUCAAACUGGAAGAAGUUCAGUGUGUUGCUUUAAGAUUUUCUCUUUCUGUAUGUGUAAAUAAGGAAGUGUGAUUACAUGAGAAAUAUUUAAACAAUCAUACUUUGUCUAAUCGUAUGAUUGGUGUAUUUUAUAUUUUACUGGCUUAAAAAACUAAUAUUAAAGCUGAUUGGCUAAUAGUAGUAGUCUGUUUAACAAAACUUAAGUGAACUGGCAUGUAUUGCUUGUAUUUUGGAAAGUUUAAGAGAAGAAUAACAAUUUUAGUUGUUUCUCCACUGAAUAGUAUGAAAAAAUAAACUUGUAGAAUAAAUGUUACUUCUUAUUAAAAUGUGAUGCACAUAGACUGCUGUCCACCACUACAGAAGUCCUGAUCUUAUUUUGUGAUUUGCUCUUGUCCGAAGCUAUUGAUGAAGGGGAAGAAUUCCCCUAAACUGAUCUAUCCAGUGAUCUAUAGCAAAUCCAAGAAAAGACUGAGCCUCUUAUUUUUCACUGAAAUUCAUAAUUUCGGUUUUGGAGAGUGGGGUUGGGGCUAAAUCUUGUAAUACAACUAGUUUACAAUGACCAGUGUUUUGAAAUGCCAUUUCUGUCUGCCAAUGGAGAGAGAGAGAGAGAGAGAAUUAAAAAUGUAUGAUGUAUCGUGUGGCAAAAUGAAAUCAUUAACGUGACAUAAUAAACAUUUAAAAAAUAAUGGGAUUCAAAACCACUUGUGGGUUGUAACUAAGGCAGUGCAUCUUUUUAUUGGACAAAAUUUUAUUAUAACUCAAUGUUCUUCAAAAAAAUUGUUUGUUUUGUGUCAUUGAAUGUAUCAGAUUUUUUAGCACAUUCUAGUCAACUAGAUUUUGUUUUGAAUUCCUAGGCUACAACCUUAAAAUAUUUUAUAUUGAAAUUACCUGCCAUUUUGACCUGAUUUAACCAGGAACUUUUCCUUGUCCUGUGAGGGGUAAAUUACACUGUAUUAUUUGAAAAACAAAAGUUAUAUUUUUAUGUUCUAAAUUUGAAAAUAGUACUAUCCAAGUUAUAAUUGUGGUGGAUAAGACUUAUUUGUGAUUAGUGAUAUAACAUGAAGUUGUUUUACUCAUUGGAUAUUCAAGCAAGAAGAAACACUAAUGAGCCCUGUUGAAUACUUUUCAUGAAAUAAACCAGAAUAUCAAAUCAA